AUGUCGAACAUGAAAGUGGUCAACACGAAGAAAAGCAUGCAGCCUGUCGGUCCAUACUCCCAAGCCAUUAUAGCAGGUCCUCAUAUCUUCGUCUCCGGACAGAUACCAGCGGAUGCCGCAGGCAACCUCACUCAAGGCAGUAUUGCGGACAAAACAAAAGCAUGCUGCGAGGGCCUCAAGAACAUCCUCGAGGAAGCUGGGAGUUCGCUCUCAAGUAUAGUGAAGGUCACUGUAUUCUUAACAGACAUGGCAAAUUUCGGCGAGAUGAACAGCGUUUACGAGCAGUACUUCACGCACAGACCGGCCAGAUCCUGUGUGGCAGUCAAGGAGCUACCGAAAGGCGUGCCGGUAGAGAUCGAGGCAAUUGCUUUGAGUGUGACAAACUAA